UUCAUGUUUUAUGGUUACUGCUAACUUUUUCUUAAUAUUAAUAUUAAUAUUCCCCAAUUUGCCACGAACACAUAUAUACUCAUACGCACGCGCACGUAUCUAUACUUACAUUUCUCAAUUUCCAUUUUCAUUUUAAAGAGACUUUUCUCUCUCCCUCUCUCUCUAAAAAAGGCUAAGCCCCUUCUCGUAUCGCGUAGUAGUUGAAACUUUCUUUUUUCGCUUUUGUUUGCCAGAGAGAAAGCAACGAGAGGUUGGGGAAGAAGGCAGAGAAGCGCAAACGCAGGAUUAUUGUCUUCAUCAUCGUAAGAAACAGCCGUUUUUAUGGACCGGUCCUCUGGCAAAAGAGGAGCAGGCGGGAGUGUGACACCCAGAAAGAAUUACAGUGCAACGGCUUUCAGAGAAGCAACCACUCAAGGGGAUGAAAGUGCUCAGUUUUGCAACCGGAUUGGAUGCAGUGGAAGAAUUAAGUUCGGUCAGAAUGCUAGAAUCGGAAUCUCAGAUACAAGCAAAUACUCUAAGCCUUCUUUUCAUUGUUCAAGUGGAAAUGAAGCUACUGGGAAGAUCUCUAGAAGUAAUUCCACCGUGACCAAUGCAAAAAGGUCAUGUGUCGAUUCCAAGAGAAAAGUAACUUCUCAAGUGACGUCUGAUCCAUCGGAGACGGAGAGUAGUCUAUCAACUGAGCCAGAAGCUCAAGGGAUUGUGUCAACACCGAGUAAUCUACGUGGAUAUCAGCCAGAACCAAUGACCAAGUCCAAAGAGGUUAAUAUGACUGAAGCUGGGAGUUCUAGUGCAUCAACUAGUGUUGGUCCUCGAAAACCAUUUCGUUGUAAAUCUGAAUUGCGCAACCAAAGUACUUCACCAGCUUCCCCUGUUCCGUCAGCUUCUAGAAGCUCUGCACUAAGGCCGUUUAAUAGGAUCAAUGGAAGCAGGUAUGGCUUGCGGAAUCUGAGAUGCAAUUCUAUAUCAGAUGCUGUACCACCUAGUUGUUCGCAACCAGAAUCAGCAUAUGUAAGGAAGAACGUUAUUAAUAAGAGAAGUUCGGAAGGAGAAAGCAGUUCGCCUUGUAGAGGGAGAAGGAAUACAGCUUCACCCAACGUAGAGCAUACCUCCCCAACAACCAGUGGCAUCUCCUUCUCUGAUUUAGCAUAUAGCACUUCUGCUUCUGUAGAGGAUAGCAGUGGCUCUAGCUCUACUUGGAGCCGGAGAUCAAUGAAUGUAAAUGCUAGAAUGAGGUUUUCCAGUCGACAAGAUGGAAGAAACGGUUCUUCUGUUAGGGAGCCUGCUGUGAGUUUCUCUAGGAAUGAUCACGAGACGCCUUUUGAUGUUGAUGAUGGGAGUAAUUUACAGCAGUUUUCAGUAAGUGGCUCAAGAUCUCACCAUCUUUCUGGGAUUAACAGUGAUAAUUCGUCGUCAAGAACGUCUUUCGCCUCUGCUGAAUCUGGAUUAACUCAUUUAAUGAAUCAUGAUGUGUUACGCGGGUUUAACAUGGAUGGGAUUGCUGAGGUAUUAAUGGCUCUUGAGAGAAUUGGACAAGAUGAAGAAUUGACACACGAGCAAAUACUUGCAUUGGAGACCAGAUUGUUCCUCAGUGGCCUCAACCUCUAUGACCAACACAGAGACAUGAGACUGGAUAUAGAUAACAUGACAUACGAGGAAUUGUUAGCUCUAGAAGAAAGGAUGGGUACAGUGAGCACAGCUCUCUCAGAAGAAGCACUGUCAAAGUGCCUAACGAGAAGGGUAUAUGAGGCGACCCCAUCAAGAGUAGAAACCUCAGAAUCGGGCGAGGAUGGUGAUGACAUCAAAUGCAGUAUUUGCCAGGAAGAAUAUGCAAGCGGAGACGAGAUUGGGAGCUUGGUCAAAUGCCAGCAUGGAUAUCAUGCAGUAUGCAUAAACCAGUGGUUGCAGGUGAAGAACUGGUGUCCCAUCUGCAAAGCCUCUGCAGCGCCAUCACAAUCAUCUUCGUCGUUGUGAAAGUGUCUCGUUUAUACAGAGACGAAGGAAGCCAAGCUGGCUUGGCGCCACAUAUUCAUCGUUGUGAAUACAUAUCAAGUGCAAUUUCUUGAAAUUUUUUCUUAUUGUGGCUGUUUUGGUUUCUUUCAUGUAAAUUUUACCUCAGUUGGUGAAGAUAUUCACGCUCCAGUGUCUACUGUGAGAUCUGAAUGUGAAAGUUCUGCGAUUUCUGAA